AUGCCUUCAAACGAAGAACUCACUACUCAUAAAGUGGCCACUAUCAUAUCAUUGGUGUUGUCUAUAUGGGGAAAUGCCAAGUAUGCUGUUUCCAAGUCUCCUUUUGAUCCUGACAGUGGCUUUCUGCCUGGCGAUACUCCCUUUUCAGGAAGCUCUAUAGUGACAUUUGUAUUUUGGAUCAUUUUGUACAUUCUCCAGAUCACCUAUGUCUUCCAGAUAUUUUUGCCAGAUAUUGAUUCUGGCAGGUUGAACACUACAGUUCUUGUAGGUUGGCACUUCUUCAUCUUCAAUGCUGGAACCUAUUUGUGGAGUGUCCUCUUUGGACUGGGUCACUAUUUUUGGAGUGAAGUUGUAGUGCUUAUCAACUUUUUCAAUAUCUUGGUCUUGUACUUUAACCACAGAACCUAUUCUAUAAAGCCUUUGGGAAAUUGGCUCUUGAUCCAUUUACCUACGUCUGCUUUCCCCUUUUCGUGGUUGUUCUACGCUAUUUUCUGGAAUGGUGCUGUUUUGUUCAAAUCAACAGGUUUAGCUGCCAGGAUCAUAGCCAACGUUAUAGUGUGGGACUUCCUUCUAGUUCCUGGUUUCCUUGUACUUGUAUUUGGGGAUUGGGGUAUUGGUAUAAGUUCGUCUAUAAUCACCUUUGGCUUGGGACUUGGUCAAAUCUUCACUAAAGUGAUUGCUUUGCAAUGGAUCUUCUCGUUUGUAAUUUCUGGAAUUUUGUUGCUCUUGUCAGUCUUUGCUGCUGUGACGGGC